GCCUCCCAUUUGUUUUCGUUUUUUUUUUUUAUACAUAUCGAUCACUGUUGAAACUUGGAGGAGAGGAUCGUAGAGGGAUCUCUGAAGGAUCUCCGGAUGCCGUUUCUGACUCGGCCAGCACUGAGAACUUAUCUGACACCAAACAGGCCAGAGAGGCUCAGAGGGAGCUGUCAGCCAGCUGUGAACACCUGGCUGAGAAUAACAAGGAGAAAAACAUUUUCAGCAACAUGUUUAAGAAAACACAGAAGCUAGCAGCAGAGGGCGCUAAAGCAGAGACAGAGGACAUGGACACUGAAAGACGAUUGUCCGCCAGCAGUGAGAACCUGACCGACCCGACCGGCCCAAAGGAGAAAAAAGGAGGCCUGGCUGGAAAAUUCAAAAGAUCUUCAAGCUUUGACAACCUGCUAGACGAGGACAAAAAUAUUUUCAGCGGCAUGUUUAAGAGAAGUGCGAAGCCUGCAGAGGAGGGGACAAAUGCGACCGGCAAAAACACAACGUUGUUUGGCAGCGCUGAAGAUCUGCAGGAGGCAAACCCAGCAAAAGAGAAAACAGGAGGACUUACAGGGUUCUGUAAAAAGUCGCCCAAACCGUCUCCGCGCUCUGUUGCUGCUGAGGAUCCGCUGACGAAGCAGCUGUCGUCCAGCUGGGACAGCCUCACUGAGGCCGGGAACGACGACAGCGCCUCUCAACAAAAACUGUCAGCCAGUACAGAUGAUCUUUGUGACACCUCCAGUACCACCAAGGAGAAAAAAGCCAGGAUGUCCGGGAUUUUCAGACGAACACCUAGAAAUACGGAGCAGCAGGAAGAUGAAGACGCGACGCCACCUGCUGGACGCGGACUGAGUUGCAAGAGAACCAUAAAGAAGAAACAAAGAGUUGUGUCUUUCCGAGUCAAGAAAACUCUUCCCAGAAUGUCCAACGAGAAAUCCAGUGAAAUGCCUGUGAUUGAGGAGAGCGUUGAGAUGGAGGAGCUGAACACUCCACAGGAGAGAACGGUGGUGGUGGAGCCGGUGGAGAUGGCAGCAUAUCCCACUGAAGAAAGCGUGGCCCAGAUGGAGCAGGAGAACAAUGAGCUGAUGGAGUGGUGGAACUCGGCGGAAGGUUGGACCGAGUGGAACGAGACCUCAAAUUUCCAGGAGGAAGAUGAACAAAUUGCGAUGGAGCAGGCAGCCGAUCGAGUCUACAUGGCAGCCAGUGUUUUCGUUCACCUUUUCAACCAGCGGGGGGCGUCCUUGCAGCACCGCAUCCUGGAGCUGCUGGCGAUGGCCGACGCCGCAGACGAGUUCCACAAGAAGACGGUGUCGGCCGCAGUGGGAGGGGGCGUGGCCAGCGUGGCGGGCAGCGUGGCGACCAUCACCGGCCUCAUCCUGGCUCCGUUCACCUUCGGGGCGUCGAUCAUCGUCACGGCGGUGGGGAUCGGCGUGGCGACGGCCGGCAGCAUCACGUCGGCGACGGCCAACAUCACCGACACCGUGCACUCCAACAUGGACCGCAAGAAGGUGGAGAAGAUGAUCCAGGGCUACCAGGAGGAGAUCCAGGACAUCAGGAUGUGCCUGGAGUUCGUUCAGGAGGGCAUGAACACCCUGGAGGAGUGGGAUUUUGAGAAAUACUCAGAAAGUGCCACCAAAAAGGCUCUAAACCACAACAUUAAACACGUGAUGAAGGAGGGCAGCCGGGCGGGGAAAGCCCUGAUGAUCAACACCGAUAAGCUCAUUAGCACCGUUCAGGUUCUGGGCGCAGCCGGCGGCGCCGCCAAGGCCGUCAAGGCCGUCAGCGUCACCACGGGCGUCAUGUCCGCCCUCUUCCUCGCCCUGGACAUCUUCUUCCUUGCCAAAGACUCCCACACACUCCACAAGGGAGCCAAAACCAAGUUCGCCGCCAAGAUCCGGCAGGUGUGCAAAGACCUUCAGGAAGGCCUGCUGGAGCUGAACAAGGUGAAGACGCAGCUGCAGAAGACGAUGGACGGCAUCGAGGUGGAGGAGUACGAGGACGUCGAGGAGGUGGAAGUGGAGGUGGAGGAUGAGUUUGAGCCCGACCCGAAGAAACUGGCAGAGCUGGAGCAGGAGAUAGACUUCCUGGAGGAGAAACUGGACAAAAAGGAGGAAGAGGUGGAGCCGAAGAAGAGCAAAGAGACGACGGCAUUGGAUAUCUUUAAAAUUAAGGAGAAAAAAGAGGAGAAGAGCAUGAAGGAAAAAGAUGUGGCAGAAAAAAGGGAGGAUGAGGAGCCAAAGAAGAGCAAAGAGUCGGUGUUGGACAUUUUUAAAAUAAAGAAAGAGAAAAAGGAAGAGAAGAGUGUGAAGGAAAAGAAAAUGGAGGAAAAGGAGGAGGAACCAAAGAAGAACAAAGAAUCAGAGUUGGACAUCUUUAAAAUAAAGAAAGAGAAGAGUGUGGAGAAAACUGUAAAAAUGGAGGAGAAAAAGGACGAUGAGGAACCAAAGAAGAGCAAAGAAUCGGUGUUGGACAUUUUUAAAAUAAGGAAAAAGGAAGAGAAGAUCAUGAAGGAACAUGAAGUGGAGGAGAAGGAGAAGGAAGUGGAGCCGAAGAAGAGCAACGAGGUAACGGCUGACAUUUUUAAAAUAAAGAAAGAGAAAAAGGAAGAGAAGUGUGUGAAGGAACAUGAAGUGGAGGAGAAGGAGAAGGAAGUGGAGCCGAAGAAGAGCAAAGAGGUGACGGCCGACAUUUUUAAAAUAAAGAAAGAGAAAAAAGAGGAGAAGCGCAUGAAGGAAAAAGAUGUGGCAGAAAAAAGGGAGGAUGAGGAGCCAAAGAAGAGCAAAGAGUCGGUGUUGGACAUUUUUAAAAUAAAGAAAGAGAAAAAGGAAGAGAAGAGUAUGAAGGAACAAGAAGUGGAGGAAAAAGACAAAGGUGAGAAAAUGUCUGAAUCCAAAUCUGAGAAGAAGGUAAAUGAAACGAGUGUGAAAGCAGAAAAAGACGUUUUAAAAGAACAAUUUGAGAAAGGAAGCAAGAAAGAGAAAGAAACUGGGAACCAAACGUCGCCUGGAAAGAGACCCGAGAAAAAGCCUGAAAAGUCUAAAGAACCGAACAAAACCCCAGAAAUCAAAACGAAGCCUGAAAAUGAGCAGAAAGAAAGAGGAGAAAUCCCAGAGGAGAACUGAGACGUCGAGGAGACACAGCAGCUGGAGCGAGAAAGACGGAGAAAAACACGAGAAAGGAGGGAGGAGAGGGGAAGUCACCCCAGAGACAGAGAGAGCUGGAGGAGGAGCGGAGAGGAGGAAACGGGAAGAAAAGACUCGCAUCGAAGCCACAGAGACAAAGAAUCUCCGAGGGAGAGGAAGACGAGUCAUCACGUUAGGGAGAACGAAGAGCAGAGCAGAAGAGUGAAGAGCGUCUGGAGGCGCUUCUCGAGAGCCGCAGGAAACCAACAACAAGAGGAGGAGAGGAAGUGGCAGGGAGUACGGGCACAGCUGGAACGGAUCAAGGUCCAAAUACGACGCCCUGGGGCACGACAGCCUGAACAUCUAAACCAGAGUUUAGAAGAAAUGAUCACACUAAACCAAACUAACGUGGUAAAAUCACAGAAAAGAGGAAAAACAGGAUUUUCUGCAAGAUUUUCUCUAAGAUGGAGAAAAGUUUCUGCAGAUGUUCAAGGUCCAACAUGGAGAACCUUCAGGCACUAAGACCCGCCUCUUGGCUCUGAUUGGUGGUUUGAGAAGGCAGAGGAAAUUGAUUUUUUCCAGAUUAUCUGUUUCAUUUUUUACUGUUUGGCAUCUCGACAUGGUGACAGUUUCAACAAAUAUGUAAUAAAUAUUUUUUUAUAAAAGUUACGUACUGCAGCUUUAAGGGCAGUGGGCUUUUUAACUGACUUAAACAUUAUGUGUUUACACUGAGAGAAAAAUUACCAAUAAUGGAACUUCUACAAAAUGUAGAAAUACUGACGCUUUUUAAUACUCUCUUUAAAUUUUAAAGUUGUUGUAGUUCCUCAGAUAAACAGUUUGUAAGUAAAAAGCAUCACUUUUUAAGUAAUUCAUAAUAUAACAACGGUUUAAUUUCAGUUUUAAGAAACAGCACCGGUGAGGUUUUAACAUGAAUCUUCUUCAGAGACAAAUAAAAACCAAAAGCAUUUUUAAUAAUGGCUAUAAGGUCUUUUUUUUUUACAAUAAUAAAGUCAUGAUCUGACACAACUAUGUUUGUUGAGUUUUGAACUUUUUUAUACUUUUCUCUGAAAAUAUUGUUUUCAAAACUUUCAACGUUUGAGUGGGAAACAUGGAGCCUGUUGCUGUUUUAUAUCGCUGCUGCUUUUGGGGUAAAACUGCAAAUAUUUAAGUGCUUAUUUGUAAACAAAAUGCUGCUUAUAGUUUCGUCUACUAGUUUUUUAAAAUAUUAUUUUCACUGUCAGCUUUUUUAUAUUCGGUUGCUAUAAAAACCGACCUGGAGCUUCAACGGGUUGAAAUUUGUGACUGUUACAAACUUUCUUCCACUCAGCGCACUUUAACCAGACAUCAAGAUUUCUGCUUUUUAAAAUGUUUUAUUCUAUGUUUAUAUAUAUACAUAUAUAUAAACUUGGUUUUCUAUGAUGCUGGUUAUUUACUGAACAAAUAAAAUAUAUAUUUUAAAAAAAUCGUUGUUACAGGGGUUUUUUAUGUCUAUGAGUAGUAAAGUAAAUGGCCACUAGGGGGAGCCAGAAAGCUUAGAAUUGACUAGAUAGCUAGCUAGCUAGCUCGAUGGAUAGGCUCUAAUAGUUCAACUUGGUCCUAUAAGAAACUCAGUUACUGACCAAAGAUUAAGGUUAAAGUCUUAAACAAAGAUAUAUUGGACUUGUAACUUUUAUUUAUUUAUUUAUUUUACAGUUUUGUUCAAACUGCCACCCUGUCAUGACAGGUUAGUAUGAGAGAGAUAAUCUCUGAGAAGCCUUUCUCUGCCUUCUCCCAGUGCUCCCAGUGCCAGCUAAAGAAAUACACAACUGAAUCAGAAACAACCAAUCAGAGCCAGGAGGCGGGUCUUAGCGCUGUCAAUCAGGCUUUUGUGUGCUGCUAUGCUUUGCUCUCCCAGAGGCUGUUGUGAAUAGUUUUUGUGUAAAGGUAAGCUGUUUCUCUGCCAUCAGCUCAUUGAGCAGCAUGUACACAAGAUUGAUUGGCAGCACUAAGGCGCUUUUCCUGUUUGGUUGUUUCUGGUGCCCCCAUGAGUUGCUUUAGCAAACAAAAACAUUUGAAAUCCUUCAUAAUUCACUGAGUUUAGCAUCAAAUGGUAUUUAUUUACUCCUUUACAUCCAGAAUGCUAAACAUUACACCUCUUUCUGCGUGUUAAAUUUUAUUCUUACAUGUUUAAAAACCAGUAGGUUGUAGAAAACUUCUGGUUAACAACUCAUUUUAAGUAACUAUUCACACUAUUUAUGUACAACAGAAUAAUAAAAGAAUGUCAAACUAGUCUGAAAACAGUAAAAUAAAGGGUUUUUCAAUUUUUUAAAGUUUCUGCCUAAUCUUAACCAUGCUAAAGCUCAAAUUAAUUAAUUUUAUUUUAACUAUUUUCCCCAGAGUUUAUUUCUUAAGAGCAAUAUAAAGCUCGCUUCUGUUGAUUACCGUUAUGUUGCACUUCCUUCUGCCACCACAAGAGGGUGCUGCUGCCCCGCAUUUCAAAUCACAAUCAUUUUCAAACGUGAGUAAAAAUUAUUUUUACUUGACCUUAAAAUAAUGGUAAGAAAACA